UACACCUGAGCGCCGACACAAGUUGAAACUCUUCGACUGUAAAAGCGAACAUCUUCUUCGUGGACAACACAAACCGUCAAAGUGACAAAAAAAAUGCCCUCCACUGGUUUCCACCGAGAGAAGCACCUGCUGACCUUAGGCAUCGUCCGUGUGCUGGAUGACCGCUAUGCUGAUCUGCUGAGGCACAAUCAAGUUGUUCAGCUGAUUGUGACAAACCUGAGGAACCGUCCUCUCAGCAGAUCAACCAUCAACUCCAUGUCCAAGUCCAUAGCGAGCCUGUACCACAGCCUCGUUACAGGUUCCAAGGACUUCCCCUCAGUUCCUCUGGAGGGAUUUCUCCGCCCACGCCUCAUGGCUACACCGUUUGCCAAGGCCGGGCAGAGGCAGGGGGAGAAUGCGACACCAUCUCCUCUUACAGAAGCACCAGCAGGUAUGAUGGUGCCCGCUGCAGGCUCCUGCUCUUCACACAUACUGUUUCCACCUCUUCCCGAGAAGGCGGAGCUCGCAGCAUUGAGGGCGGACCGUAGGAACUGUGUCCGCACCGUGGAGUCUGACAGCAGCAGUGUCACCAGAGUCAUCUCCACUGUGUUCAGGACCGACAGCACAGAGCUGACCAACCGCUGGAGAGUGACCGACUACAGCUCAGACGGACACACUCUCAUGUCUGUCCUCUGUCAGUUCACAGAGAAGUCGGCACAGUGUGCGAUGACUCAGUCAAAGAGGAAGAGGGAGGAGACCACGUCCACCUCCAACACCUCCACCACCACCACCACCAGCAGCAGCAGCUUCUCUCCACCAAAGAAGCGCUUGAGAGUGUGACUGGAUCUAACACCAUCCUCCACCAGUUCUCAUGCUCCAAGCAGACAUUAAGCAGCUCCUGUUGGACCAAUGCGUCUGGCAGGGCUGUUAUUGUAAAUAUGUAUAUAGUUGAUUUCAUCCUGGUACACAGGUCAGUGUUUUUGGUGCUUCCUGCACCUUUCUUUCUUUCUUGGUGCUGGCCUGUGUCUGAUAUUGUACAAAACAUGAGGGAGCUUCCAGGAACUCUUGAGAGAGGAGCUCUCUCCAAAGACUGUCACCUGAUUUUUUCCAAACUGGAUGAAUUGGAAACUCUAAUUUGCCUCAUUAAUGGCACUGACUCAUCACUAGCAUCACAAGCUUCAGAGUCAAGUCUGAGCUAGGACUGAGAAGACCUGUAACAACAGCUGCAGGGACAGAGUCAGAGCCUGAAAACACUCAUGAUCCAGGUCGACGAGGAAGAACAGGCUGAGAGAAGAAGCAGGAAAAGACAAGAACAGCAGCAACAGAGAGUGAAGAGCUUCACCUCACCUGCACUUCUCAGCCAACCAGACCAGCCAGUGGUGGACAGAGUGGACAACAG